AUGAUGAAGUAUCAUUAUUUUAUUAUCUAGCAGAUUAAAGUAUAGAAAUAUGAAAUUUUACGUUCCGUUCAUUUAUAGGAGAAUAAAUCUUAAUGUAAAAUAAUUGCCUUUAAUAAUAAUUCUUCAAUUAUAGCAAUGGAUUUAUCAAAUAAAAUUAAAAUGUACCGGUUUAAUAAAGGAUAAUUACAUUUACUGUAAGUAAUUGAUCUUUUAGAAGUAAAUUAAAUAACUCACUUACAGUUUUUGAAAUAAUCGAACCAAUUCGUACUUGGAAGUGAGUUUGGAGAUGUAAUGCUUUGGUAUGGAAAUGAAAACCUAUAUUAUACUUAUUAAUUUAUAAGGAGGAGAAAUAUUUGGGAGUUUGUUUCCUCAUCUCCACAGUAUAAUUUCAUAAUCAACGAUUAGGAAGAUCUGAUUAUUUAGUCGAGAGGUAAGGCUUUUAAAUUUUAUGAGAAAUAAUAAAACUGGAAUUGCACUUAGAAAAUUCAAACCCAAUCAAAAAUAAUGUGUUAUAGCAUAAAUUAAUCAUCAAAUAUGUUAGUCUCUGCUUGUUAAGAUCAUGUAGAAAUUUUUAAAAUAGAAAAAAAAUAGCUUUGGAUGCUUAUAUAAACUAUCCAUUUAGAUUAGUGGGGAUAUCGUAUAUGUAUCUUUGAGGAUGAUUUUUUUGCUUUUUAACCUAAUCAAAUUAUUGUUUAAUAGUUUAAUAUUCUUUCUCUUUAGAUUCUAAUGUUUCAUUUAUUUGAAUGA